CCUCGGCUUCCUCCCGUGCCGCUGGCACUGCGGCCGCUGGAGCUGGCAGAGGAGCCGGGAACCGGCUAGCAGGAGGCGGCUAUGGCAGGGAAAGAAUUGGAGCGAUGCCAGCGGCAGGCGGACGAAGUGACGGAAAUCAUGCUCAACAAUUUUGACAAGGUCCUGGAGCGGGACGGGAAGCUGGCAGAGCUGGAGCAACGCUCAGACCAGCUCCUGGAUAUGAGCUCAGCUUUCAGCAAGACAACCAAGACCCUGGCCCAGAAGAAGCGCUGGGAGAACAUCCGGUGCCGGAUCUACCUGGGGCUGGCAGUGGCUGGUGGUUUGCUCAUCAUCCUGAUUAUACUGCUUGUCAUCUUUCUUCCGAAUAGCAAUGACAGUAGUAAACCAUAGGCCCAGGCUGCAGGCGCUGCUUCAGGGACUGGGGACUGACCCAGCUGGGCCUAGAGGAGAGGCCCAAUGACUGCAUUGGCUUGUUCUGGUCUCCAGAGAACCCUGGUGUUUGCUCCUGUCUGAGCCACCCCAGUGAGCACUGAAGGGCAGCCUGGAUGUGUGCAACUCUGCAUGUCCUGUCAUGCCAUAGACUGGCCCUUGAGGGCAGCCUGCUGCACUGGCCCUGCCAGGCCAACCCCACUGGAGCCCAGUAAAAGCUGCUGUUUGGUUAAAAGCUGGUGUGGGUGGGUGUGUGUGCGUGCGUGUGUGUGACAGUCCUCAAAUUGUUCCUCUGCCUCCACCUCUGGGGAUGUUCAGAAAACCUGUCACCAAUGGACCUACAAGACAGUUCAGCAGAUAAAGGCACUUACCAUGAAACCUGAUAACCUGAGUUUGAUCCCCAGGACCCACAUGGUGGAAGGAGAGUGCCAACUCCUGCAAGUUGUCUUCUGAC